AUGACGGACGAAAGCUCAGCACAGGGUGGUUGGGGUCACCAACAAGCUCUUCAACUCGCCUCCGAUCCUGUCGCCCCUGCUGGAAGAGUGGCAAAACAAAACUUGGCCAGAUCAAGAGUUGAGCUGGAGCAUACAAACUCAGAUACUGGUGGCUUGCUUCAAAGCAGAUUACUUGGCGCUCACUCUGUGAACAGAAGAAGUCGCCGGCCUGCGGCAGCCACUGCCUUCAUGGCUGGUCUGUCAAAUACUUCAACAGACCGAGGUCGUCAGAACACAAGAAGACAGAGCAUGUCCCGAGCCGAGACAAGUGCAUCCUAUCGAUCCCGCUACAGUGCGGACUUCAACAGCAGCAUCGCUUCAGAAGGUAACACACCCACGAUAACCAAUAAUCAACAAAAACGAAAUAACAGAAUCGGUAUGAAGGGCCAAUUGCAUGCGGAAUCUAGGCCAUCAGCAAAUCUUCCAAGCACCUCCUCAGAUUCGGCACCAUUUGUUCCAUUUCAUUUGUUGCCCCUCAACCUUCGCCCUGGAGCCGAGCUGAAAGACAAUAGAGUGGGGUAUGAAGAGGGGAGAAGGAAACCCGGUCCUACGGGCCAAGGUUUAGGUAUGGUGAAGAAGCAAAAAGGGAAAGAACGAGGAUCAGGAGUGCAGGGAAGUAGUCUUGCUUCAGAGAGAACCUCAGAACUCCUUGGCAAGAAUAGUCCUACUAAGGAUGAGAUAGAUACAGUAGUGACUGUAUAG